GCGUCCGACGCCACUCGACAAUUGUUCGUCGAUCGAUCGAAUCGUUCGCUCCCACAAGAUGCCGCCUGCCAUCCGUCCGCUGAGCCCCGAGCUGCAGAAAGCUGCCGUGGAGAAGCUGAAUGAGAUUCCCGAGAAGAUUGAGGAUGAUAUUGCCGCCCUGAGGGAGUGGAUACGCCAACAGCCCCACCUGAAGGCACGCACUGAUGAUCAGACGUUGGUGAAUUUCCUGCGCGGCUGCAAGUACAGUCUGGAGCGUACCAAGUCCAAGAUUGAUCGUUUCUAUACGCUGAGGACCAAAUACCCGGACUUCUAUGCAGCCCACAAAGUGGAUGUGGACAAGCUGUUGGAAAUCUUUCGAUUGGGAGCCAUUAUCCUGCUGCCGCGUCCCCUCAACGACAAUGGUCCCCGCAUUGCGCUGCUGCGACAGGCUAUGUACGAUCCGAGUGUGUACACCUUUCAGGAGGUGAAUCAUGCCGCUGGACUCAUGCAACAGAUUAUGCUGAACGAGGACGAUGUGGCCAUUGUCAAUGGCAUGAUCUCCAUAUUGGAUCUGGCAAAUGUCACCACGGGACACUUUCUGCACAUGACACCUUCGUUUGCCAAAAAGAUGACCGUGUUCCAGGAGGAGGCACUGCCACUGCGGCCACAGGGUGUGCAUUUUAUCAACACUCCUGCGGGUUUUGAGACCAUCUUUAAUAUGUUUAAGCCAAUGCUGUCCAAGAAGCAACAGGGACGACUCUAUGUCCAUGGCAACAAAUGGGAUGCCCUCUACGAUCAAGUGCCCCAAAAGUAUCUACCCAUCGAGUAUGGAGGUGAGAAUGGUUCCAUUCCUGAGAUCAUUGCCGAAUGGGAGCAACGCAUCUUGGCCUACAGAAGCUACUGGGAUGAGGAGAACAACUACGGCACCGAUGAGAGCCUGCGACUGGGCAAAGCUGUCGAUUUCGAGAGCCUAUUCGGGCUGCAGGGUUCCUUCCGACAACUGAAUGUUGACUAAGGCCUUAAUUUAUACCCUCUAAUUGUGUUGCUAAAUAUAGUCGAGCAAACUGCAGUCCACUCCACUCCACUCUUAUCUUAAGUAACGAUGAUGUAGCAACAAAACCCAAUAAGUCGUUUGACUAUAAACGUGUAUAAAAUAUAAGCAAAGAACCGAUAUGAAACAAAGUAAAAGGAACUGAGUACUCACCAAAGUACAACCCAA